AAGUUGGCACAAAAUGGAUGCUGCUUGCAAAUACAUCAAUUUCAACUAAACAUCGACUUGCAAAAUGGGAAAUCAAUUAGUCGGCAUCGCGCCUAGUCAAAUAUUUCCAGUAGAACAUUAUUUGACGGACCAUAGUGACUUAUUAUUUGAUGUAAACUUAGGAAGCACCAGAUUUUUUAAAGUGGCCAGAGCCAGAAGCCAAGAGGGUCUCAUAGUAGUAAAAGUUUUUGCUAUUCAUGAUCCAACAUUGCCAUUAUCAGCGUACAAGGAUAAACUUGAGGAGAUUAGAUCUAAGUUAGCAUCUGCCGUAAAUUGCCUACCAUUUCAAAGAAUGAUUCUCACAGAAAAAUCAGGGUCGAUAAUGAGAGAAUACGUGAAGUAUUCGCUUUAUGAUAGAAUUAGUACUAGGCCAUUUUUAACAACUAUAGAGAAAAAAUGGAUAACUUUUCAAGUUUUAUAUGCAUUACAUCAAGCACAUAAGUUUGGAGUAUGCCAUGGUGACAUAAAGUUAGAAAAUAUUAUGAUUACCAGCUGGAACUGGAUUCUACUCACAGAUUUUGCAAGUUUUAAACCGACUUACUUACCCGAAGAUAAUCCAGCUGAUUUUUCAUAUUUUUUUGAUACAUCUAGGAGAAGAACAUGUUACAUUGCGCCUGAACGGUUUGUGAAAACAUUAUCGUCAGAAUUGUGCAAUACAUUAUUAUUAUCUGAGCAAGAGUUAAAAACGGGUGAUUUGCAUCCAAUGAUGGACAUUUUUUCUGCAGGCUGUGCUUUAGCAGAGUUGUAUAAUGAAGGACACCCUCCAUUUGACUUUUCUCAACUAUUAGCAUAUAGAAACAAUGAAUACUCUGCGAACAAGCAUCUGGAUGCCAUAGAGGAUCCAGGAAUACGUGAAUUGCUUGCGUCUAUGCUGGAAAGAAAUCCAGCAAACAGGAAAAGUGCUGAAAUUUAUUUGGCGCAGGCUCGUGGUACGAUAUUUCCGGAAUAUUUCUAUUCGUUUCUGCAGUCGUAUAUGCUUAUUUUCUCUGCUGCUCCGAUUCUGUCGCCGGAUGAAAAAAUAAAUAGACUCAAAAAAGAUAUCGGUAAUAUUAUUAACAUUUUGAAAGCAGAAGAAAAUGAAAAGAUAAAAAAUGAUAGAGAGGAAACAACUAGGAGUAUUCAAUUUAAUAAUAGCGCAGAAUUAUUAAAACACGAUUCUGGCCAUAGUGAAGAGAAUACUGUUGUGGAUGGCGACAGUGAUCACAGUAUCGAUAAAAGUGAUCUAAACCAGAUAGAUGAGAAAACAGAUAGUAAAGAAUUCUCCUCUUCAGAGCCUUUAGAAGGUCUGGUUAUUAUAACUCAGCUGGUUACGUCGUGUAUACGAGGCUUGCAUCAUUCACAGUCGAAAUUGCAGAGUCUUGAAAUACUGCUUGAAUUAGCAGAAAAUACUUCAGAUGAAACGAUACUGGACCGCAUUUUGCCUUAUAUUUUUCAUUUGGUUCAUGACCCUGCUCCACGAGUGAGAGUAUCAGCUAUACACAUAUUGACGAAAUGUUUGCACCUUGUAAAAUCAAUUCCGCCGACAGAUGUAAAUAUUUUCCCAGAAUACAUUUUACCAGGUCUGGCGCAUAUCACACAAGACGAAGCAGUUAUAGUUCGGGCUGCAUAUGCGGAAAAUAUCGCACAUCUGGCACACAUAGCGCUACGUUACUUGGAGAAUUCUCACCUGUCGAAUUUGAGUAAUAAAGAAGGUCCAAAACCAAGUUACGAUAGCGAGCUUCAGACAUUACACGAAAUGGUUCAACAAUCUGUGUCCAUGUUAUUAACAGAUCCCCAGAAUUUAGUAAAGCAAACAUUAAUGGAGAGCGGAAUAAAUAAACUCUGUGUAUUUUUUGGCAAGCAAAAAGCGAACGAUAUUUUGCUAAGUCAUGUUAUCACUUUCUUAAAUGAUAAAGAGGACAAGGAAUUAAGGGGCUCCUUCUUCGAGUGUAUCGUGGGUGUAGCUGCUUAUGUUGGAUGGCACAGUAGUCCUAUACUUAUGCCUCUUCUUCAACAAGGAUUAGCAGAUCCUGAAGAAUUCGUGACGACUAAGGCUAUCAAUGCAAUGGCGACUCUCACCGAAUUGGGUCUUUUACAUAAAUCCGGGCUUUAUCAACUGCUAUAUGAGACUACAGUCUUUCUAGUGCACCCCAAUUUAUGGAUAAGACACGCGAUAGUCGGUUUCAUAUCCGCCGCGGCAAGAACACUCAGCUUGGUGGAUGUCCAAUGCAAAGUGCAGACAAUGAUCCAGCCGUACUUAAAACAUCCUCUGAUUCAAAUCGAAAUCGAGAUUUUAUUGUGGGAAGCUUUGGUACCGCCUAUACCAAGAAUUGUUUACGAUUCUGUCGUGAAGUAUUCCGAUGUAGAAGAACUGUUUCAAGUUCUUGAACAAAGACAAGCAGCUCGCGCUAAAGCAGUAACGGGAAUCGUGCCACAGUAUAACGAAAUGAGUACCUCGUUACGAAAUCUUUUCAGACGACUGAGUUCGGAAUCCAUGACCGAGACCGUUGAGGAUCAGUUGCUGAUAAUGAAACCACAUUUAAUGAAAAUUAAUAAGUAUCGGAAUUCGGUAGACGCAAAGCAAAGUACAGCUAAAUCCAUGGAUGGUAAACUGGAAUUAAGCUCUAUGAAGGACAGGAUACGACAUCACAUUGUAAUAUUAUAUCCUGACACGAAAGCCGACCUAGGUCUGCCACCAUUUAAACGAUUAGAUCGUAGAACAUCGGAUAGCGUCGGUACAUACGCAACGAUGAACCAAGAAUGGCGUACGAUGUUCGCAGCACAAGAUAACGUUCAACACACCGUGAAAAUGUCAGACAUGACUGGAAGUAGCGGUAGCCCUAGUCAAAGCUUGCACGGAGGGGAUAUACAUUUAUCACCUCAGCAUAGCUUGUCUGAUAUGAAUAGCAUAAACGAUCACUCUCUCCACGAGCGAUCAUAUAUUCAAUACAGGUGUGCACCUUGUAGAUUAGAGGUGAGACAGCUGACGUACAGGAAGCAAGAGCAGCAUGCUGCAGCAUUAAGAGCACAGCAUUGGGCUGAUAAUAUUGCAUGGCAAACCGGCUCAAGAUUAUUGCCAAGUGGCUGGAGACCUAGGGGAGUUUCGGUUGCCCAUCUCCAUGAACAUAGAGCAGCAGUGAAUAGGCUAGUUUCCAUACCAGACACUAGUCUAUUUGCAAGUAGCUCUGCGGACGGAUGUAUUAAGAUAUGGGACGCUAGUAAAAUGGAGGGUCGAAACAUAGCUAAUCGUUCUAGGCAAACACACAUGCACAGAGGUGGUCCUCUAGUUGGCCUGGCAGUGUGCGAUCAGGGGCAGUCGCUAGCAAGUUCUGCGAGUCAAUCGGGCACAGUGUUCGUCUUAAGAAUUGAACCGAAUUCGAGCAAAAUGAGCAUCAUUGGAACCAGACAAUUGGAUCUUCAGGAAGAAGGAUGCGCGGUGGACCUGCAGUACUUGGACUCAGGAUCGCAGUCGGUUCUAGUAUACGCUUCUCUAUAUGGUUCAUUGGUUGGAUGGGACUUGCGGUGUCCCGGUACAACGUGGCGUUUAGAGAACGACCUAAAAAACGGCGUGAUUACUUCCUUUUGUGUGAACAAUUAUCAACAGUGGCUGACACUUGGAACCAGUUCGGGUGUGCACACGUGUUGGGACUUGCGAUUUCAGUUACCGAUAACCAACAUCAAACAUCCCACCGGCGCAAGAGUUCGAAAAGUAAUCACCCACCCAACCGAACAUUCGUGGAUUAUCUCCGCUGUGCAGGGAAACAACGAGAUUUCCAUGUGGAAUCUUGAAACCGAUUUUCGGCAAAUGGUACUCUGGGCGUCGAGUGCUCCGCCUCUCAGCCAUUCUCAGGGUGGUCACAGUGUAUGCGCCUUAUAUUCCGGAUGCAUCGAUCGCUUUGGCUUUCUGCUAGCCGGCGGUGCCGACAUGAGACUACGUUUUUGGGAUUUGAAUACUCCUAGCGAAUCUUACGUCGCGCUACCUGCAGCCAACGACGCCACCCCUCCAAGUUCAUUAGCAUACGAGCAACGGUUGAUAGAUGGAACAAACGUCGUGCAAGAAGUCUUAGCCAACGAUGGGCCCGCGCCGUCGUCGUCCGUGGGAGGCAGCAGCGUUCGAACAAGAAACUCGGAAGAAGGUGGCCAGGGUCCAGAAACGCCACCGUCGGGCCACCACGACACGAUCUCUGCCGUAUCUAUGUCGAACACCUGUAUUCUGACUGGCAGCACGGACGGCUUGAUACAAGUUUGGAAAUGAUUGUUCUCGCUUCCGUCGUCCACGGUGUCCCGACUCUGCACAAAGUGUACAAAUGUUCUUUAGCGUAGAAAACGAUUCGACCAGACAUCGAGAUUUUGUACGAACGUGCUGCUACAGUAAUUCUGUGAUCUUUUAUUUGUAUAUACUAUAUACUGUGUACUGUAUAUAAACCGUAAUUUAUUAAGACCAUCGAUAGUCGUAAUGAUGAUAACAAUAUUACCAUGCAUUUCCGCGGACGAAACGUAACGCGACAACGUUACUUCAACGACACCAUGAUCUUUCUGUAUAAUUAUAAAUGAUUUAUUUUUCUACGUGAAACGUAAAACCGACGAGAGAGAGAGCUUCGAUAUACUGUAACAUACAAAAUACAGUAAACGUUUCUAGACUUUAGUGUACUAGCAGCGAGAGCUAAUCGCAUGAAAUCAUGUCAGGACGAUACGAUUGAUCAGUGUACAAAUCAAAUGGCGCCGUGUAAACAUUGUUCACAUGCUAUUUAUACCGGCUGGCGUAUGUAACGACUGCGUAAUUUUGUGUUAGAUCAAUAGUUCACUUGUAUAACGACUGAAAUACUCAUAACCAGUGGAUAUCUUCAUACUUCCUAAUAUUGUUACAAUAAAAUUCAUAUUUUGAACGCA